AUGAUGUUCAAGGCAACUCUCUUUGGGGCUUUGUCCGCAUUCUUCCUCCUUGGCUCCGCACAGGCAGAGCUCGACUUCAAUCAAUGGCAUCCAGCUGGGCCUGGUGACUUGCGCUGUGGCUGUCCGGCUAUGAACAGUCUGGCUAACCACGGCUUCCUUAACCGCAAUGGAAGCAACAUCACCGUUGGCGAAGUAAUCCCCCUGAUGCAAGAGGUUUUCCAUCUCAGCGAGGAGCUUGCCACCAUUGUUACCGGGCUUUCUGUCCUUUCCGCUGACGACCCUGCCUCGGGCGUCUUCGAUUACGGCAUGCUAAACCGUCAUAACAUCUUCGAGCACGACGCAUCCCUCACCCGCAAGGAUUGGUAUCUCGGAGGCGACGGCCACACCAUCGACCCAGUUGCCUUGGAGAAGUUCCUUGGCCAUUUCAAGGGCAAGCAGUGGAUCGACCUCAACGAUGCCGCCGCGGCCCGGUAUGCGCGGGUGCUUGAGUCGCGACUGAAGAACCCUAGCUUCCUCUACCAGGACCAGCAAGUCAUCACGACGUACGGCGAGACCAUCAAGUACUUCCGCACGAUGGUAGACCCCCGAUCCAACAAGACAUCGGCCGAGUUCGUCAAGAUCCUGUUCACUGAAGAGCGCCUGCCCGUCAAGGAAGGCUGGCAACGACCGAGAGAAGAAAUCAGCGGCUUCUCCCUAGCCAGCGACGUGGUGCAACUUGCUCUACGUACACCAGAGAACCUGAUGGGCAAACCCUUCGACCAGCGGCCCUUUGCUGAGCAAGCGUUGGACCCCCUUCCAUGGCAGCGUCCUCCGGUCUGGUCGCCGCCCAAGUUUGGCAAGAGGGCACAGGAUAUCUCUGAAUUUGCAAAACGAUUCGCCAAGAAAGCUCUUUCUUUCCGUGCAUAG